AAUAAAUAAUUAUCUUAAAUGAAUAAAUUACAAUAGAUUCUCACAAGAGGCUAAGAUUUCUGGUAGAAAUUCUAUGAAAAGAAAGGAAAGAAGGGAGUUGCAUAAGUGGCAGUUUUGGGUUUGGGAUUGUUGUACCUUCAAUAUCAAGUCAGAAAAUACAAUGGGUUAAUUAUGUAAUUUAUCAUAGAUGGUUGAAGAAGAAGAGUGUAGUUAAUGAACAUAUCUUUAUUACUGGAGGAGCAAGUGGUAUUGGGAGAAGUAUGGCAAUUAGUUUUGCUAAAUUAGGAGCUAAAGUAUAGUAAAUUUCAAUAUAUCAAAAGAUAUCCAUUGUGGAUGUAAAUGAGCAGGGAUUAAAUAAGGUUGUGGAUUAAUUAAAUGCUCUUUAUGGUGAAAAGACCGCAUUUGGAACUCAAUGUGAUGUCAGUGAUCCUUAAUCUGUUAAAAAUGCUAUUAAAAGAUGCGUUGAAUUUCAUUAGAAAAAGAUAGAUAUUUUGAUAAAUAAUGCUGGAGUUGUGAGUGGAAAGCAAAUUCUCUAAAACACAGAUGCUAGUAUAGCUAGAACAAUGAAUAUUAACACAACUGCUCACCAUUGGACUGUGAGGGAAGUGUUAGGAGAUAUGAUUGCUAAUAGACAUGGUCAUAUUGUAACCAUAGCUUCAAUUGCUGGUUGGGUUGGAGUCAGAGGAUUGGCUGAUUAUUGUGCUUCCAAAUUUGGUGCUGUUGGAUUUGAUGAAUCUCUUAGAUUUGAAUUAAGGGCCACUAAAUCUAAUGUCAAAACCACAUGCAUUUGUCCAUAUUUCAUCAAUACAGGAAUGUUUGAUGGAGCCAAAUCGAAGUUCCCUCUUCUGUUCCCAAUUCUAUCUGAAAGUAUCUAUCUCUUUCAUUAUUUAGAAUACGCUACACAAAGAAUUGUAAACGCAGUGCUCUAAGACGAAGCAGUUGUGAUUAUGCCAAUUAUUCUAAAUUUCGCCAUUAUGGUUAAAGCAUUAUUCCCAACCUUUGUUUAUGACAACAUGAUGGAACUCUUUGGAGUCAGUGAAUCUAUGGAUGAUUUUAAGGGCAGACAAUAAUGAUAAUGAUAAUUAUAAUGAUAUAACAAGGUAAUA